UCGUCCGAACAGGGUUUCGUCGUAGUUGUUUUUCUGGAAACUGCAUUGUUGAUAUUUGUCUCCCGACAGUAAUUAAAGUAUUUGUACUAUUUUCUUGCAGUCAUAUUUAUAAAAAAGCUGGAGUUUUAAUUGUGCAGAGCAAACAUGACGAUUGCACAGCAGUUUCUUGGGAAAAAGGGCUGUAAACACCAAGAGGAGCCUUUAGUGCCCAGUGAGAAAUCGGCUAAUUUGAAAGAUGCCGAGGAAGGCAGACCAGUUGUUGUGACAAUGCAUGCCCAUGUUAGAAGAGUAAGUUCUCUGACAACACUGUGUGUUUUUGCUACGGCCCUUCUUGUGCUAACUACUGGUAUCAUUGGUGGAAUGUAUCUUUAUCGUCAAUUUGCUCAUUACAAGCUUCGUCACUUCCGUGGUUGGUGUAGCAUUCCCUAUCUUCCCGAUAUUAAGAAGACCCAGUACCCAAUUGCUGCAAGCCAAAGACAGAAUCAUAGAGCUGCAGUGUCUGCUACAGAAUCAUGGGAAAUGAUUACUAAAAGUUCUCCCAAAGCUAAUUUCUUUGAUGAGGAGUUUGAAAUUGAUGUUAAAUAUGGAGAGUUUGAACGAAUUGAAGUACCAUCAUUUGCACAUGGACGACGGAGUUUGUGGGUUCAUGACUUCAAAAUGAACAAAACUGCUCUUGUGGAUCAUGACAACAGACGCUGCUUCUUGAUGGUCUUAAAUCGUAAUUUUGUUUCCCCUCCACGUGUAUUAUAUGAACAAAUAUCAAAAAUGAGAUCUGGAUAUUAUGAUGCUGACACACAAACUGUACGACACACCAUGCAAGUCAUAACUCCUGCUUUAAGUGAUUUGAAAAAUGUUGGAAUGUUCAUUGCUCGUGAUUGUGCUACAUUCCCAGUUUAUAAGCUUGAAAAAGCUACAUUUCCUGUAUAUAAACGCAGUUUGGCGGAAGAUAAUGACUUGUUUGUUGAAUUUGCUGGAAACAAAGUCAAUGAAUAUAAAAUCAUCAAUCUUAAAGAUGCUACUCCUGGGGAAAAUGCUUCUGAGAACUCUUAACUCCUUCCCUUUAAACUUUUUCAUUAUUUAUCUGCAGCAGUGUACCUGCAGAUCACAAAUGUGUUAAGCACCAUGUAUGUGUUAUAGCCUUGCUUUGUUUUUCAAUAUAAGAAAAAAGUUAAUGUUAAAAAUAUGAAAUGUAUAGGGGAAAAAGAGGUUCAAAAAAGAAAAAAAAAUCUAUACUUAAUCAGUGUCCAGAUUAUAUUACACUAGUCAUAGUAAGUAGAAUUUUGUACAAUUUUCCAGUUCCAUAUAUUAAACUGUUAAAUCACACCUUAUGUGUAUAUGUGCAUAUAUAAUUUGUUCCCUUGUGCUUCAAUUAUAUGUAUAUUAUGUGCCAUUUUGUUUAAUACAUAUAAUCAAGUGUCUGUUCUGUUGAAAGAUGUUAAGAAAGUUUUAAGGUUUUAAAUAGGGCUAUGAAAUUUUUGAUUGCAAAGUGUAUUUAAAUGUAAAAUUCGACUAUAUGUAUAGUAUAUUUUGUUUCAACCUGAGAUUUCUUACCAUGAAAUACUUAUAUUUUGCUCUUGCCUUUGUUUCACUAGUCUCUUAAAUUGUAUGUCUGCAAAACUUCUAAUCUGUGCUCUACUGUCCGAAACAUUAUUUCAUUUUUAAACAAUACUAAUUAGAAAUCCUAUCUUGGGGAUGUGACUUGGAAAAGAUUAAAUCUUCACUAAAGAAAUUUAAAUAUUGGUUAUUGUAUUUAAGAUGUAUGUAAAGUUACUGUCGAAGCUUUUAACAGAUGUGUGUAUGUCAAUUAUGUGUUCAUGUACAAAUAAUUACGUGUAUGUGUGUGUACAGAGGUCUCACAAUUGGUCUCUAUUUGACCUAAACCGCCACAAAUGAUCCAGGAAUCCUUAUCUAGAAAUGCAUAUUUAUGUAAUAUGUAUGUGAAGUGAUCACUCACCAUUGCGAGAAAUAUCCAUUAAAAGAAUAGUUUGCUCAGCCAAAAACAAAAUUGCUUGCUUGAACAAUAAAAAGUGAAAUACUAGUAAAAAAAAUCAUUAAUGCUUUUAUUUAUUUGAUGCUUCUUAAAAGAACAAAUGCUUGUUUUGGCAGAAAAAGUAUUUUAAUUUUGAAGCAUUUUUUAAAAUUGUUUCUAAUUCCACAUUUGCUAAUGGUUACAAUGUUGUUGAAUGUUGGGAACUGAAAUAAAUUUGCUUCUGGGCUUCUUUUCUAGACUUCAGUUUCUUCACUUCCCCAGUGACAAACUGAAAAUAUUUAUCAAUCCUUAUGUUUGUAUUUAAAAUACGGUAUACUUAAUUUAUAUUUUGUAUAAAACUCAUAUUUUUAACCCAGAUGAAAGAUUGAAAAAGGUCCCUCCCCUUCAGUUUCUAAUUUAAUCCUUUGAAGAAUUAUACAGAUUAAUUUGAUAGAAGAAAAAUUCUUGCCUGUGCGUUGUAUUUUGUAUUUGAAAGAUGUGGAUGUGAAAUCUUUCAAUUACUAUUGAGUAGAAUUGAAGUUGCGCAAUAGGCAGGAAAUGUUUAGCUGAGUGAAUGAAAUCUGAAAUAGUUAUAAUAAGUACUACUAUUGGGAUGUAUUUUGUCUUCAGAAUGAAUUGUUAAGACUAGAUUAUCUCGAGUAAUUUUCACUUAAGCCUCGCAUAAGUACCCGUAGUUGUUGUUUCCCCUUUAAAAAAAAAAAAAAAAUCAAACAAAGUGCAUUUUUGUGUACAGACACUCUCUCUCACACACAUAUGUGUAUUAAAUAUACAAAAAAAAAAAAAAAAAUCUUUUUCUUUUCUUUUCUUUUCUUGUCAGCUUCAAAAUGUGAUCAUAUUUAGUGCAAAAUUGAAAUGAAUGUUUUGAAUUCUGCUUUUAUUGGGACAUUUAUUUCAACUAAUGAGGUUUUCAUGAAAAAUAUAAUUCUUGUUACUGAAAUAUAUAUAUAUAUAUAUAUAUAUAUAUAUAUAUAUACACAUAUAUAUAUAUAAACAGAGUUGUUUGUGUUUUCAACACUUAGAUUGGGUACCUACGUACAGAAAUUGUGUACCUACAUACAGAAAUUUAAAACUAAUUAAAAUGCAUUUGAGUUAAGAAAUAUUUAUUUUAAUGUCAUAGCACCUUCAAAAUUCCUUCAUUAUUUGAAAAUAAUUUUCGUUGUAGCAAAAUAUGCUUUGUCUUUACACACCAAAAUAGGUGGUUUAUUUCAGGCCUUUUGCUGGAUAAAGAAUUGUGAUCUGUAUAUUUGGUAUUGUAGCAUUUAGAAUAUUUAAUUUUUUUAUAGGAAGAUUGUUAUAUUCACAGCAUUCUUUUAUGUGUAUUAUUUUGAACUUCAAUUGUUUUCUAUUAUGUGCUUCUUCUGUAUUUUUUUCUUGUUAAGUGUUAUGUGCUUAUUAUUGUAUAUUCAAAUGUUCGAGCUUUUCUUCUGUACAAGAAAUAAAUUUUUCAUAAUGGA